ACGCAGUCGCCCCGCGGGCUCGGGAGGACGUAAGCGCUGGAAACCCGGCUCGGGGAACCGGGUGUGCGCAGCCAAGCGGACUGGGAGCGCGACCCCAGCCGCCGCUCCCCAACCUUGUCAUCACCUCUCCUGGGGCCCUGCCCUCCCCGACUGCCCGCCCCACCCCGGCCCCGCCCCGGCCCGGGCCACCGGGACCGGGAGCCGGGGCGCCGGUACCGCAGCCGAAGGCAAGGUAAGGAGAGCCCGGGAGUCUCCAUCUCCGGCCCGCGGCGGCGCUGAGCAUCUCGGCCGCGCACCGGCCCCGAGGCGCGUCAAGGCCGGCUGCAUGAUGGCGGAGAAGGCGAUGGAAGCCGCGGGCUGUGGACUAGGGCCGGGGGCCGUGGCCAUGGCCGUGGCGCUGGAGGAUGGGGCGGAGCCCCCUGUGCUGACCACGCACUUGAAGAAGGUGGAGAACCACAUCACAGAAGCCCAGCGUUUCUCCCACCUACCCAAGCGCUCAGCCGUGGACAUUGAGUUCGUGGAGCUGUCCUAUUCCGUGCGGGAGGGGCCCUGCUGGCGCAAACGGGGUUAUAAGACCCUCCUCAAGUGCCUAUCUGGUAAAUUCUGCCGCCGGGAACUAAUUGGCAUCAUGGGCCCCUCAGGGGCUGGCAAGUCCACAUUCAUGAACAUCUUGGCAGGGUACAGGGAGUCUGGAAUGAAAGGGCAGAUCUUGGUCAAUGGGAGGCCGAGAGAGCUGAGGACCUUCCGCAAGAUGUCCUGCUACAUCAUGCAGGACGACAUGCUGCUGCCACACCUCACGGUGCUGGAAGCCAUGAUGGUCUCUGCCAACCUGAAGCUGAGUGAGAAGCAAGAGGUGAAGAAGGAACUGGUGACGGAGAUCCUGACAGCACUGGGCCUGAUGUCCUGCUCUCACACGAGGACAGCUCUGCUCUCUGGUGGGCAGAGAAAGCGCCUGGCCAUCGCCCUGGAGCUGGUCAACAACCCACCUGUCAUGUUUUUUGAUGAGCCCACCAGCGGUCUGGACAGUGCUUCUUGUUUCCAAGUGGUGUCCCUUAUGAAGUCCCUAGCCCAGGGAGGCCGCACCAUCAUCUGCACCAUCCACCAACCCAGUGCCAAGCUCUUUGAGAUGUUUGACAAGCUUUACAUCCUGAGCCAGGGUCAGUGCAUCUUCAAGGGCGUGGUUACCAACCUGAUCCCCUAUCUGAAGGGGCUUGGCUUGCACUGCCCCACCUAUCACAACCCAGCUGACUUCAUCAUUGAGGUGGCAUCUGGCGAGUAUGGAGACCUAAACCCUAUGCUGUUCAGGGCUGUGCAGAAUGGGCUUUGUGCCAUGGCCGAGAAGAAGAGCAGCUCUGAGAAGAACGAGGUCCCUGCCCACUGCCCCACUUGCCCAUCGGAUGUGGAUCCCAUUGAGAGCCACACCUUUGCCACCAGCACCCUCACCCAGUUCUGCAUCCUCUUCAGAAGGAGCUUCUUGUCCAUCCUCAGGGACACGGUCCUGACUCACUUGCGGUUCAUAUCCCAUGUGGUGAUCGGCGUGCUCAUUGGUCUGCUCUACCUGCACAUUGGUGACGAUGCCAGCAAGGUCUUCAACAACACUGGCUGCCUCUUCUUCUCCAUGCUGUUCCUUAUGUUUGCUGCGCUCAUGCCAACAGUGCUCACCUUCCCCCUAGAGAUGGCAGUCUUCAUGAGGGAGCACCUCAACUACUGGUACAGCCUCAAAGCGUAUUACCUGGCCAAGACCAUGGCUGAUGUGCCCUUUCAGGUGAUGUGCCCGUUGGUAUACUGCAGCAUUGUGUACUGGAUGACAGGCCAGCCAGCGGAGACUAGCCGCUUCCUGCUCUUCUCAGCCUUGGCCACAGCCACCGCCUUAGUGGCCCAAUCUUUGGGACUGUUGAUUGGAGCUGCCUCCAACUCCUUACAGGUUGCCACCUUUGUGGGUCCAGUUACUGCCAUCCCUGUCCUCUUAUUCUCUGGCUUCUUUGUCACUUUCAAGACCAUCCCCACUUACCUGCAGUGGAGCUCCUACCUCUCCUAUGUCAGGUAUGGCUUUGAGGGUACAAUCCUGACCAUCUAUGGCAUGGAGCGAGGAGACCUGACAUGCUUGGAGGAGCGCUGCCCAUUCCGGGAGCCGCAGAGCAUCCUGCGAGCCCUUGACGUUGAGGAUGCCAAGCUCUACGUGGACUUCCUGGUCUUGGGCAUCUUCUUCCUGGCCCUGCGGUUGCUGGCUUACCUUGUGCUCCGGUACCGGGUCAAGUCUGAGAGAUAGAGCCUUGCCCUUGGCCUGUGCCCGGCCCCCACAGCAGGAAGCCCCAAGCCCCAGCCCUUUGGGACUGUUUUAACCUUGUAGACCUGGUUGCUGGUGCAGCCACCCUUCUCUCCCUUGGCUGCUCCAUCGACUGGCUGUGGGACUGCACUCCCAGCCUUGGCCUGGGGUUGGGGCUCCCGUCCUCCCCACCAUGCCCAGGAGUCUUCCCAAGUUGAUGCUGUUUGUAGCUUCCUCCCUACUCUCUCCAACACCUGCAUGCAAAGACCACUGGGAGGCUGCCAGCUCCUUCCCACCCUCGGCAUCCUCCUCUGUUGUCUGCCUGGGAGCCCCCAGUUCUCUGGGCCCCCAGUGAUCAAAGUGGCCCCCUCUGGGGGUCCCCACCACACCAGUGUUUGUAAACCAGGCUGCUGAAGGUUAGAGUUCCAGGGCUGGGCCCUGGGGGGCCCCCUGGGAGCCCCAUCACGGACAUUGGAAUGAAGCAGGGAGGGACUCUGGAAGUCUCUUCCAUCUUCUCUCGUCCUUCCUCCCUCCCUAAAGACCCUGGCUGAUUUGGACAAUCUGCUAGGACAGAAGCUGGGUUUUCUGUCUGGGUCACCACUCCCAGUCCUGGGGAUUGGAGAGGCUUUGGGAUGUCCUGUACCCCCUCCCUAUACCUUUGAUCAGGGUAGGGCCAGGUGGCACCUCUGCAAUAAUGUCUGUUUCUCUCCCCCCUGCCACUGGAACUGGAGAAUGCACUUUAUUCUGGGGGGGUGAGCAGGGGUAAGACCCAACCCUCCUUUCUUGCUGCUCCUGACGUGGUUCCACGUGCUCUUUCCGCUCUCCAGAAUUCCAGGCACAUACAUGCAAGCAGGCAAUCUCAGCUCUACACAUGCGCCAUCCACUUGGCACAGGGUUCAGAGGAAGAGUGAUGGUGGCACGGAGAUGGUUGUGGAGGGUGCUUUGGAAAGGCACUGCCAACCUCCUCCCAGGAAUAUCACUUUGGAGACUCUAGGGAGGAGGGUGGUGUUGCCCAGGGUGACUCCAGGAUCUGCAGGUGUCUACCCCUAGUCUUCCUUCCCUCCCAAGCCAGGGGUGGCACUGGAGAUUAGGACCCAACAAGCACAAACACAGGCAGAAGCUUGGCCUUGGCCACCUCCGCCCCAUGGCUCUCCUUUUGUGUUCUAAGCUGAUAUUCUCACUCUCGUGCCCCUUUCCCUAGCUGCUUGCUGCUCAUUCAAACUUCUGUCCACAUCUGUCCACCCCCUUCCCAUCAGCGUCAGACAACAUGUCCUGGGCACCAAGGUGGCAGACACACCUAGAGCAUGUCUGGCUUUCCUGAUGGGCUCAGACUUACUCAAACUCAUUCUUCUUUCAUUUCCCCUUCCCCAGGGCCUGUGCCCAGCACCUUCUUUCUGUACUCAUACCUCUCUACCUUCCCUCACCCUGCCACACAGGUUCUCAUGACACAGAGAUGCCAGUUGAAUUUGUGGGAUUUCACCUGUUAUUAAUAAAACCUAUAUUUAUACAGUAUGCCAUG